AUGUCGUCCCCUCCAAGCCAUGCCGCAUCCUGCUUCGUCGCCGUCCCCACCGGCCGCCGUGCGUCAUCUUCGCCUACAACGGCCGCCGCGCCCCCGCCCUCCGCAAGCACUGGCGUCGGCCACCCGCUCCGCUUCCGCCCUCCGCACGCAUCAGCGGAGGCCGCGGCCGCCCGCUCCGCCACCGUGCUUGCUGGCCGUCGAGCUCCGCCUCCGCCCGCCGCAUGCACCAGCGGCCGCCCGCUCCGCGCCCUGCGCUUGCUGGCUGCUCUGAGCUUCGCCUCCGCCCGCCGCACGCACCAACGGCCGCGGUCGCGGCGGCCGCCCGCUCCAGGCUCGGCGCAUGCAACUGAGGGACGAUUGGUUGCUUGCAUCUCCAUCUGA